UCUGUUAUAGGACAGUCGUCUUUCGAUUAGCACAAAAAAAAAUUCUCGAGUUGUCAGGAGUAUUUUGUCACGUGUUAGAGUUCACUACGUUCCAUCGGUUUUCACGGUGAGUUAUUUUUUUUAUUUUUUUCUAUAUUUAGUACUAGUAUUUAUGUUUUGUUUCUAUUCAGAGUUAUAUUUCAGAGAUUUUAUGCAUUCAUGUAUCUCAAGUAUUUUAAAUUUAAAAUCGAAAUGGUCAUUUGUUUCCAGUUCAUUUAUAUCCAUUCCUCUCCAAAAAGGUUUGGAACGUAAUGACCGACCUUGGAGCUGAAUGACUAUUGGUAUAGCUAUGCUUUUAAAUACUUAAUAUAUAUGCUUAAUAUAGAUUAUUAAUAAUAUUGAUUUGUAUAUUAUAAUUUCUAAUACAUGUAAAGAGAUUUGAUGUGCCGUAUUAAAGUAAAUUUCAUCGAGAAAGGGACUUUAAAACUGAACUUUGCUCUUGGAAUGACUAUAUUUCAUGUUACCUAUUUAUUACAGAAGCGAGUAUGAGUAAAACAAAGAAAAAACUUACAAAAGAAGAAAAGUUAGCUAAAGAUAGAUUGAGAAAACGUCAAAAAUACGAGGAAAUAAAAAACAAUCCAGAACUUUUUAAAAUUAAACAAGAAAAAGACCGAAAAAAUUACCUCUUAAGAAAAGAACAGAAAAAAAUUCGCAACAUCAAUGAAAUGUCCGCUCGAGCACAACGUGAACAGAGAAAAAGAUGGAAGAAAAACUCUUUGAAAUAUAAGAAAAAAAAGAGGGAGCAAAAUAAAGUUGAAAAGAUAUUGGUCAAUGAUACCCCUGAAGCUCCUAAAAAAGUGAAUGAAACUAGAAAUAUUUCACCUGAAAUUCCAGAACCCAAUCAAAUUAUUGUCGAUUCUAUCUCCUCAGACAAGCCAACUACUCCUCAGCUCAACAAGGAAUUGAGACACAAAAUUUCUGCAACACCAACCUCGUCAAAUCGAAAAUUUAGAUACAAAGUCACCAAAACUAUAAACAAAUUGCAAAAGGAAAUCAACCAAUUAAAGAAAGAAAAAAGAAACCUACAAAUAAAGUUGAAGAAACAACACGAAGUACGACAAAAAUCUCUAGAAGAUACCAUUGAAAAAAAUGUGACUAAGGCUAUUAAAGAAAUAAAGAGUGGCGAAAUUGAAGAGGUCAAAAAGAGACUAAUAUUUAAUGAGACAUUUACGCAUCAGGUAAAAUUAAACUAUAAAAAACUUGACAAGACCGAAAAAAGGUCUUUUGCAGAGAGAAUAGUAUGCCCAAAUGAUGCAAGGUUAAGGAAGCACAAACUAAUUACAAAAGUUCCGUUUACUAUCAGGUCAAAAUUGAAAAAAAAAGAAAACAAGAACGAAGCAGUGAUACAGAGAUUUUUUGAAGACGAUUCGAAUAGUCGUAUGGCUUCUGGAAAAAAUGAAUAUAUUAAACGUUGUAACAGUAAGAAACAAAAGAGAUACCUUAACGAUAGUUUAAAGAAUUUACAUCAAAAGUUCUGUAAAGAGCACGGCAUGAUCAGCUACACUGUAUUUUGCAAGAAUCGACCUUACUGGAUUGUCUUUCCUAAAGAUAAUCGGGAUACAUGCCAGUGCAAGUUGCAUUCAAAUGUUAAUCUUCUGAUAAAGGCUCUAAAAAAAUCAAACAUCAUAUCAGAAAACUCUGCAACAGAUGUAUUGAAUAGCCUCUGUUGCGACCCAUAUAACGAAAACUGUCUAGGAAGAUCUUGUACCGAUUGUGUAUUCCACUGUCUUUGUUUUUUCUCUAUAAUACAUAUGCCUACUGUUUUAUGAAUAUUAUCUAUGCAUGAUUUUAUCAAGUACUAAUCAGUAUAUAACUGUUUGUUUUAAAAAUAAUUUACUAAAUGUGUAUGCCAAAUAAUUAAUUACCUUUAUUCUUAGAUGUUAUUUUAAAACAAAUUGUUAAAAACGCAAGUUCUUUCUUUAAAUUCACCAAUGAUUAUAAUUUUCGCUGUGAUAAUUAUACUUGUUUACUGUUAAACUUAAGGUUGAGAUUUUAUUUCAAUUUUAUUAGUUUUUUUCAUAUAAUUUUAAUGAUUGACUAAUAAAAGUAUGAUUGGUUUCAUUUUUAUCCGACGAUAGGUCACUACACUCCUAGUGAUUUUCAUUUCUUUCCACUAGUUCAUUACACUCCAUCAAUUUUCCGGAAAACUGUUAGAGUUACGAAGAGGCCUUGUACAUGUGAUUUUUUUUCAAACUGUAAUCUUUAUGUGUAUAUACAAAAAAAAAAAUUAAUAAAAAUAAAAACAUUUUUUUUUCAAAACUGCGCUUUUAAAACGAAAAUCGAUAACC